AUCUCUCCCUAACCCUUAUUUCCUCAUAAAGACACCAUUUUGUGUGUGUUCUUCUUGGUGUUUGGGAUCGGCAGGAAAUGCUCCUUUGCAGAUCUGUCCUGCUCAGAGUUUCCGUGUGUAGAGUCAGAACACCGCCCAGGCCUACGUGUGUGAGGUUAGUCUGCUAACGCGCGCGCUGGAAGGAUUUAUUAGUCUCCGAUUAAAGCUGGGAAAAUCUAUAAUUUUCGCCAACGCUAAACGCCGUGAACUGGGUCACUGCAAUUCGUGGACAAACCGCUAGAUGGUGACGGUCAAGGUUGGCGUGGCAGGUGUGAUAAGCGUUGUGGUGAUUCUCAUAGGAGUUUUUCUUGCUUGGUUGGAGUACGGAACAACUGGGGAAGAGGAGUACUGGAGAAUGGCAACUGCAGCAGCUCAAACUGAUGAGGAGUUUCUAUCAACCAAUCAGAGUGCCUUCAUGGUUGGAGCUACAGGAGAAACGGGAAAACACAUUUUGGAAGAGCUGACUAACCGGAAGCUCUUCCGGACUGUCACUCUGAUUGGUCGACGAGAGGUCAAAUAUGAUGGGGAGAAGUAUCAGUCCAUUGUGCAGAAAGUAGUAGACUUUGACAACUUGGACGACCAUGCUGAUGCCUUUAAAGACCAUGAUGUGGGUUUCAUCUGUCUGGGAGCCAGAGCUGGCAAUACAGGGGUAACCAGCAACCUGCCAGCCCUAAGGAAGGUAGACCAUGACUAUGUGGUGAAGUCCGCUGAGCUGGCCAAGGCUGGGGGAUGUCGCCAUCUUGUCCUGCUGUCAGCCAUGAAGGCCAGUAAGGACGCCUCCCACCCAUACUCCAAAAUCAAAGGAGAGGUAGAAGAGGAGGCAAAAGCCCUUGGCUUUGACAGACUUUCCAUCUUCCAACCUGCAGUCAUCAUGGUGGACAGGAAAGAUGAAACCAGGGUUGGAGAGUGGUUUCUAAAGAAGGCACUGGCACCGGUCGCUUUCUUCUUUCCAACUGCCCUCACUGUUCCCAUAGCAACGCUUGCCAGGGCGAUGGUAAAUGUGGCUCUAACACCCAAGGACAAAGAUGUGGAGGUUCUGGACAACAAAGCUAUCCAUCGAAUGGGGGGCAAAAAGUAGCGACUUUUCAGAUGACUUAGUCUUAUUGGAUUUGUAUUAUGGUGACAAAGAUGACUGGUAUUUGACUUGUGGUACGAAAAUCACUUGAAUAGUGAAACUUUUGAUAAGGUGGCAUAGAUUCCCCCAUAUCUUUAUCCCAAGUUGUCAUGUUUUUGGUGCCUUGUGGCCUGUUGCAGCUUGAAGAGUAGAUACAAAGAGGCAUUGUUUCAUGGUGCAAUAACAAGCAUUCCUGACAGAAUACAGUUUACUUCUCUAAGGUCUACUUUACAAAUCUUUAAAAUACAUUAAUUGCUUUCUGAAUGAUCCUGUUCACAAAUCUACCAUACAACAUACAAACAAUGGUGGAAAUAGUGCCUUUUUUUUGCAAACAUAAACUAUAAAGGAUAUUUGAGACAUCCAAUACUUUUUUUUACUUAUACAACAUGCAAUAUGUAUCAAAAACAAACAAGAUAUAUCAUUCUUGAAAUGUUACAAUUCGACACUCUUAAGGGACCAUCUUGUACCAAACAAAGGAAGUAACAUGCAAAGAUUAAAACUACAUGUAAUUACAAACCAUUGUCAAUUGGUCAUUGCAUAAAGUAUAAGUAGGAACAUUGUAAAUCAAUUAAACUCUAUUGCUGUGUGGCCUUUUAUAAGCCCAAAUGCACAACUGAAGAUUACAAUGUAAGAAAUACUUUCAUUUCUUCAAACAUAAAUCAAUAUUUCUAUGCUACAAGUUAAUAUUCAAUUCAACAGCCUAUAUUGCAGAAUGUUUUUACAUUUUCUGGAUGUGUAAUGAAGUAUGCUGAUAUGUCAUCAGAAAGAAUAAUAAAGUGAUCAUGAAGUAAA